AUGCUCAAAAGCCUGACCCUGCCUGAGCUGCAGGAGUGGUGUGAGAGCAUAGGCGAGGACCGCCGGCGCGCGACGCAGCUGUGGCGUUGGAUGUACGCCGACGGCAACUGGAUAGGCGCCCCCGAGGACACCUCGGGCGUCCAGAACGGCUUCAGCGAGAAGUUCUGCGAGAAGUUCCGCCAGCUGGCGACGCUGGACGGCGGCGUGCGGCUGACGAGCGUUGCGCGCGCAAAGGACGGGACGCGGAAGCUGGUGUUCGAGUUGACGGAGGGCGAGGGGAAGGGCGGCUCUGUGGAGGCGGUGCUGAUCCCCGUGAUGCGAGAGGCCGGCAGCAAGCCGCGCAUCACACUCUGCGUGUCUUCACAGGGCAAGCGGCGCUGGCAGAUCAAAGAGGAGGGUGCGGUGGGGUGCGCCAUGGCGUGCCAGUUCUGCCUGACCGGCAAGCUGGGGCUGGCCGCCAACCUCAGCGCGGCUCAAAUAGUGGAACAGCUGGUGGAGGCGCGGCGGCUGCAGGCGCGCGAGGGGGACCCUGUGCCGAUCACCAACAUUGUUUUCAUGGGCAUGGGGGAGCCGCUGCACAAUCUGGACGCAGUGGCGGCGGCAACGGAGGCGAUGAAUCAUCCGUUGGGGCUCCACAUGUCGCACAACAAGGUGACUGUAUCCACAGUCGGCCUGGUGGACAAGCUUGAGGAGUUUGUGGAGCGCUGCGGCGCCGCACAGCUGGCAGUCAGCCUGCACGCCACCACAGACGAGGUCCGCGACUGGAUCGUGCCGGUCAACCGGCGCCACGACCUGACCUCGCUGCUGGCGGCCCUCGCGCGCCACUACCCGCGCGGCGGGCCCCUCAAGCGGCGAGUGCUGAUAGAAUACGUGAUGCUGGCGGGCGUGAACGACACUCUGGAGGACGCGCAGAGAUUGGUAGAUAUUCUGGAGCCGAUCGAGGCCAAGAUCAACCUCAUCCAAUUCAACCCCCACGACGGCACCCAGUUCCGCCGCAGCCCGAUCGAGCAGGUGCUCGCCUUCAGGUCUGUCGUCAUCAGGGGCGGCCGCGUGUGUACGAUUAGGGACAGCCGGGGCGAUGACGAGCUCGCGGCCUGCGGGCAGCUAGGGGACGUCGCCCGCGCGGCGCGGGGGGCGCCCAAGGGGCCGCUGCCGCCGCCGGAGCGGUUUUUGGCGGCGCUCGCCGGGGGCGGGGGUGGCGGCAGCGGUUGCGGCGGCGGCGGUGGUGCGGCGGCGGGGGCGGGGGGAGAGGGGAUUGAUGACUGA